UUAUCAUUUUCCGAAUCUAGUUUAAUGACUAUUUUAUCACGUUGCUGAAACGUUUUAAUUCACUCAACUGCAUUAGAUACGUAAAGAAAUUUUACAACCUCGAACAAUAAAAAUGGCAUUGAGCAGAAAAGGGGGAAAUGUCCGACUUCCACCAGAGGUCAACAGGAUCCUGUAUAUCAGAAAUCUGCCAUACAAAAUAACAGCUGAAGAAAUGUAUGAUAUUUUUGGAAAGUAUGGUGCUAUACGACAAAUAAGAGUAGGCAACACCCCAGAUACAAAAGGAACAGCAUUUGUAGUAUAUGAAGAUAUAUUUGAUGCUAAGAACGCCUGUGAUCAUCUGUCAGGAUUUAAUGUUUGUAACAGAUAUCUAGUAGUGUUAUAUUACCAAGCUAAUAAGGCAUUCAAGAAGACAGAUGAUGUGAAGAAACAGGAAGAAAUCACAAAAAUGAAACAGAAAUAUGGAUUGACAACACCAGAACGGAAAUAACAAAAACACAAUACUCAUUCUCACCAUGUCAUUAUCAAACAUUUCAUUUUCAAUUAUAAAAUUAUCUGGUACGGAACUUUUAAAAGUAUUUUGAGGGUAAAAGGCGUUAUUUUUUAAUAUCUAUAAACAGUGUUUGCACUUUUGUGGUGAGCAACACUUUGUUUUGCAGUUAAUUGUUUGUUAAGUACUUACUCACAGUAAAGUAAUAUUAACACUUUUAAAUUUGAUAUUGUUAUUGAAAUAUGGUACAAAAUGUUUUGACUAUUUUCAUAGGAUAUUGAAGAAUUUCAUGAGUUUCAAAUUUUAUUUUAAAAAGAAAGGAAUUUCAAAAUCGUAAUAUUUUUAUAAAUUGAAAUAGUUGUUACAGUAUGUAAAUAAAACUGUUUUACUGUUCAAUUGUAUUAAUUGACUUAAUAAACAUGAUAUAUCAACUUCAUUUCUCUGUAUUUUAGAUAGAUAGUAAAGCAUUUGUUAAUAUAAUUUCUUGGUCCAUGAAUCAUGCAAAUUCAAUAAAUUACCCUUUGAAUUAUCUCCCUUGAAUUAAUUGUCUCUCAUCCACCUAGCCAGUUGAUCCGAGUUCUUAAAACCAUCAUUUGCACAUUGUGUAUACUUAUAAAUAAAACAUUAUUCUAGAAGAAAUUUUUGAGAGCUCAUAAAGUUAAUUGACCAGAUAUUAUUACAGGUGAAAAUUAUGUGCAAUAACAUUUUUCAUUUUACAAUAAACAAAACUUAUAAAAGCGAAACAUUCCAUUCAGCUUGUAUUUCAAAAAAUAUUUUAUUGUAAGUUGUAAUUGAGAUCAAUAGAUAAACAAUAUACAGAAAUAAAAAAAAAACUAUGAAAAAAGAAUUAUCUUAGAAUUCAAUUAUAUUCUUCAACAGUUAUAAUUGUCAUUUUAAUCAUGUGCUUGUAUGCAAAAGAUUUAAGUGUAGAACAUGUGUCUAUUGCUUUUGACAUGCGAUUAACUUUCUCAAGAACAUAUAUUUGAAAUGUCAAUUUUCAAUAUCUGAUAUUUUUUUUUCAUUUUAUUGUUUGUUUUAACUUGUGUUUUUUUUGUAAUAAAGUGUAUUUUCUA